AUGAACAUGAGCUUUCGAAGUUCCGCGCGGAUGUCUUGGAUCUGCGCUGGGCCCCCCUGGCGGCGCCUCCUGCGCCGCCCCUUGGCGCGCCCCGCGCGCCAGGGAGGGAUGCCCAUCGCCGAUCCAAUAAAUCCGCGUGAAGCUCCGAAAGUUAAUGUUUAUGCAUCUUUCUCCUCAGAUUCGGUAUGUCCCAAACCUCUCGGCUCGAGUGGCAGCAGUGUUUCUGCGCAUAGGGUGCUUUCACACGGUUCGGGCUUCACCAUGUGGGCGCGGCGUUGUGGCGCACCACCUCUCUGGCCAUCACGCGUCAGGGUUUUCGUCCAGAGCCUGUUUCCAGCAGCCGUGGGUUAUGCUGUUUACAGAUUCAUGACCGCGGCCGAUGUUGGCUACCUGGACGUGGGGAAUCCCACCAGCGAGACGGUGUUGUGUCUGACCGACUGGCCACUCCGCCACGACGCCAGGUCUUGGCUGGAGACAGAAAGCUGGGCCGAUUGGAAAGAAUUGGUAUUGGACGAGACGCAGUACAUCGAAGAACACGAGUGCCCUGUGAGCGCGUCGGGGAGUGCGACAUGCAGUGACCUCAGAAUCCCUGUCCAGGACUUACAGCGGAGACUCGGCUACCCUUUCGGCGUCCCGGGGGGGCUGGUCAGCAGCACCACGAUCAUCGAGACCUACUCCCAUGGAUUCGUAUACCUGGGCGCCAUUCUUUGGCUUACCAUCGUCGCGCACGAUCUGGCGCUGCUGAGCGUGAAGAACAACAAUUACAUCUUAGACCUGAGAGGUACUCGGAAGUACUUUCCACGACUGGCUCGGAUGGUCUAUCUAAGUGGGUUCCAGUACUUCCUUCGGUGGGUGAGCGGUGGAGGGUUCGGGAUGAAACAUCGCUUCAAAGGACUUGGGCGGUGUUGUGCAAUCUUACUGGCUCCAGUGUUCCUGGCGUGGGGGGUGCUAUUUUUCAUCAUGGUCUGGUGGCCAUCUGCGUGCUUGACGUUCCUCUUCCACCCUGUCAAGCUCAGUCGGGUCGGGGUCUUCACCACCUGCAUCCUCAUGAGUGUCCUGGGCGUGGCCCUGGCAGCCCAUACGCUGGCGCUGGUCAGCUCAAAAGACUACCGCCCUCUCUUUGCGCUGACGUGGUUCGAGACGGCGUCGUCGUGCACCUGUGGAUGCGUCUUCCCGCUGGCGGCCACAGGCCUCCAGGAGAUUUUGUUGCUGGCCGUGGCGAUGGUGACGCAGGUCCUGUUCCUGGCCUUCCGGUGUCUGAAGGGGCUCCGGCGCUCAAACUGGGCGAGUCUGCUGUCGGUGAAGUUCUCUGUCCCGCUAAACGCUUACCCCACGGAGUGGACGGCGCCGGAUGGAAAUCCUGUAGCGAACCGGAAGGAGGGACAGCCCGUGCAGGGCGAGCUCGCUUUCGACCCUUUCGCGCUGAUGGACGAGCAACCCGAGAGCGCGAUGACCCGGGUGAAGCUCCUCCCCACGCUCUGCGAGGAGGAGGUGGGCCGCCGCGCCUCCCUGCGCGAGGAGCGGCAGCGCACCGCGGCGACGCUCCGGGGGCCCACAGGCGUUAGCGCCGAGGCCAUCCGCGAGCAGCGCAUCGGCUGCUGCGGCUUCCCGUGCGGCACUGCCGAGGACGCCGAGUCGCCCAAGUCGACGCCGCCGCGGAGCCCGGCCCGGGCGGCCGCGGCCCUGGAGGGCGAGGCCGAGGACCCCGCCGCGGUGUGA